AUGUUUCGGAUCCAGAUGCUCAGAAGUCAAGAGCAAGGAGGAAUAACUUCCUCAUUCGUCCCUUUCGAAUUUGAGUUAUUGGACUAUCGCCCAGUUGAAUUUUCGUUCAACAAUGACAUUGACGAAGAGGUUCUGACAAAGUGUUGUACUGAAACUGCGAACUUCAACUUUCAUGCGUAUGGAAUGGAUUUUCCACUUCGUCUGCAGAGAAACUGUCUGAUAAAGGAGGAGUUUGCAGAGGAAACGGCGCAGUUUUCAGAUGAGGGAACCACGUGGCAAGGGAAGUUGGAAGAUCAACCCAACUCUACAGUCGACGGAGACAUCAUUGACGGAUUAUUCGAAGGGAUCAUUCUCACUGGAGACGGGGACAAAUUCAUGGUUGAACGGCAGUUUCAAUCCGAUGGAAAAGGGCACUCAUUGAUCUACAAGGUCUCUUCAAGAAAGGAAGUAAUGAAGUCUCUUUUUCCCCAGGAACUAGUCAAUGACGAAGGAAGUGGACUCGAUGGAAGUGGCCUAGAAAUUUCCUGA